AUGCGCACUUUUACGUUUGCCGUCCUCUCCCUCGCCGCCGUCGCCUCUGCGGCCAACAUCGGACGACGCCAAAGCCAACCGCCAGCCUGUGCGACCCGCUGCUUGAACACGGGCACAAAUAAUGUUCCAACGGGUAGUUGCGACCCAGCAAACUUUGCGUGUCUGUGCUCCUCGGUAGAAUAUGUUCAGGGCGUUAUCAACUGCCUCGCCACGGACUGCGCAGACCACCAGGACCUACUUACGUCCAUUCAGUACUCGGCUGGAUUCUGCGGAGUCGCUGGCGUUAACUCGCAACUUCCUGUAACCACUCCGACCGCCCAGCUCACGCCUACGUCGACCGGGAGCCAUUCUACAUCGUCGAGUGGUACCUCUUCCGCUUCGUCGUCCAGCAGCAGUGGAAGCUCUGGAGGCGAUGAACAAGGCUACCUUUCCGGGGCAACUCUUGGUGCCCUUGCCCUCGCCGCUGUCGGUCUCGCCUUUUAG